CUACUUGGAAAAGUAUUUUGUAUUUGGUAUUUCAAAUACUGCACUCGCAUGUAUUUAGAAUUUUGUAUUUCAAAUACUUCAAGCUUCAAAAUACAUUUCCACAAAAUACUUACAUUUCAUUAAAUUCGAACGUCAUGGCAAGUUGGUAACCUUAGACCGUCGAAACAUUUUCAACCGUGUGCCCGUGUGAUAGCCCCUUUAGAACACAGUGGCAUUGACAGCAGCAACACUGAGUGUAAGUGUCAACGUCAAGUGUCAUAAGUGUCAAAUCACUCUGGAAUUUAGUUCGUUACGCCGGUUACGCGGUAUUUCUGUUACUUUACUGUAUUAAGUUUAUAGUAGAUUAAGUUUAUGGCGUUGGGGAUCGGCGAUUAUUACCUAUUAUAUGAUGAAUUCAAAUUCAAGUCUAUCUUCUGCGAGGUCUGUGGCAUCGAUAUCCAGAGAGGAACAAGGCAGUGGUGUUGACAACAAUGACAAUGUCGGUGGUUGUACCUCAACAAUGACAACAACUUAUCCACUCAUUUUAACUGGUGGCAAAUAUUUCGAAGUGAAAGUGACGACGGACAUCAAUGCCCUCGGUGGUAGCAAAGAUCCAGAAAAAGUUGAAGCAACUUGUAUAAAAUGUCAAACAGUUAUUAAAGGUAGUCUUAAGGCUACCAGCAACUUUAAAGUACAUUUGAAGCGUAAACAUCCGGAUGCUUUAUUAGAAUAUGAGAAAGAUAAAGAAAACACCCAGGGCAAAAGGCAAAAAAAACAGAAAACCCUCAAUGAGAAAAGUCUAACACAAAUGAAAUUGAAUAUUUCAAGUUUCAAAUCACAAAAAGAACAUUCAGUGCAACAAAAGCUAGAUAAUAACAUACUUAACUAUGUUGUCAACAGUAUGAAACCACUAAGUACUGUGGAUGAUCCUAACUUCGUAAAGAUGUUUACUGACAUAUCUGAACAGCUUCAGGUUAUGUCCAGAAGAACAUUAGGGAGAAAAAUUGAUACAGCCCAAAAAACUGUUACAGAUAAACUUAUAAGCAUUUUCAGUAAAUUGGACUAUGUGUCCACAACAGCAGACAUAUGGUCUACAAAAACCAGAAGCUUUCUUGGUGUAACAGCUCAUUGGAUCAAUGAGGCUACACUUGAACGUUUGAGCUGUGUCUUGUCAUUCAAUCGCUUUAAGGGUUCUCACACAUACGAUAAAAUUGCUGAAAUGCUGUUUGAAGUCCAGUCAGAUUUUAGACUAGCACAUGAUCAAAUGAUAUCUACAAUUUUCCACAUUAUAUUAACUGUGUGACCUAUGUUAGAUUGACAAUUUGACAUGUAUCCUAAUAUUUAUUUCUUAUUUUUAGAUACAAUGGAAUUGGACAAUUUUAGCGCAAGUGACACUCUAUAUGAAGAGGUGCUUUUAGUUAAUAAUUCUGAAGAACUUGAAACAAGGGAAUUGUAUUUGCCACGACAUCUGAGAUGUGCCAGUCACACUCUAAGCCUUUUAGCCACAACAGACUUGAACAAUUACAUAAAAAAUUCUCUCAUUAGCAGAAUACAUUAUUCUGCCACUGCUAAAUGCACUUUUCUCUGGAACAUGUCAAGAAAACCAAAGUCUGCGGAAAUAAUCAAGGAACAUCUUGGGCAUCAAUUAUUAUACCCAUGUCCAACAAGGUGGAAUUCCCUCUAUGAUGCUAUUCUCCAUCUCAUGAAAAGCAAAACUAAACUAAAUAGUUUAUUUGAACAGUUAGGCAAGGCAAACACAUUUUCAGCAGUAGAACUUGAAUAUUUAGAAGAGUUUUUGGAGGUUUUGAAACCUAUCGCGUCAGCUCUUGACUACCUUCAGGGUGAUAAUUGCUAUUAUGGUAAACUGUUACCCACGUUGAUGACUAUUAAAACCAAACUGGAAAGACUACAAAACAGUAAUCUGCGCCAUUUCUCUCGAGUUGUACCAAAACUACUAGAAAGUUUAGAAAAGAGGUUUGACAAAUUUCUCCAAUUGAGACCUGAAGCCAAUGAAGCUAUUUUGGCAGCUUGUUUCCAUCCAGCGUAUAAAAUGCGAUGGCUACCAGAAACCUGUUCAAACGAGGACAAGCAAAGGUUACAAAAUCUUGCGAUCACAACGUUGGAAUCAGUUUCAGUGCUUCCAAGAAGUGGUAGUGGUAGUUCUAGCAUUAGCAAGAAUGAUGACGAUGAUUUCAUCAUCUUCUCUGAUUAUACACGUGAUAGGCCAGUCACAUGUAUGGAAGUAGAAUUAGUGAGUUUUUUAAAUGAGAAGGGGAAAGAUCUCAGUGCCCUCGAACGCUACCCAAACAUUAAAAAAAUGUUUAUUAAAUUUAAUACCAGCCUAUGCUCUUCCGGUCCAGUUGAGAGACUGUUUUCAUUGGCUGGAUACAUUCAUUCGCCAACUAGACGGAACUUAUCUGACAAUACUUUUAGGAAUUUAGUUUUUAUGAAAGGCAAUUCCUUCUUCAAUUCAUAAUCAUAAAAACAUGAAUGUUAUGUUAAAAGUGUAAAAGUAUUUUGUAUUUUGUAUUUCAAAUACAUAAUUUUGAAUACUGUAUUUUGU